CCAUGGAUAAGCAUAACCUUACUUUUAUAAGAACAAAACAAACGGGAAAUAAAUUUUCUAGUUGUAAUAUCUUGUAAGGUUACAAAUAAUCUUUCCAGGAGAAUUUUAUAAUGAAGAUAAUUUAUAAUAAAUUCCGAUUAGAGUUGGGUGUUGAUCAAAUUUUACUUCCCUCACUUUUAAAUGUAAAAGAUGCAGGUUUUUAAGAGUUACUUUACAACAGUCAACUUUGCCUUUAAACUUCGAUAGAAAUUGGAAGUCUUUUGGAAUGGCUAGAACUAAUUUAGAGGACUUAUUUCAGUUAAAAUGCUUAUUAAACAAUUUAGAUAUAAAGUUAGCAGCAAGGGUAGAAAAUGGUGUUAAACAGCUAGUGGCAUUGGUACUAAAAACUGGGGACAUUGUUCUUUACUAUACAUAUGGAGAAUUGCCUUCAGUUGUAAGAAGAAUACCCUGGUUUACUGGAAAAACUAAAGAAGUUCAAGCAAUUUGUUUCGAUAACACAGCUACAUGGUUGUUAACAGUAUCUCUAGAUGGUUCAUUGUAUAUUUUACCUGCAUUAAGUUUGGUAGACAGGAAACAGAAAGUUGAUUGUAAAUGGUCUUUAAAUGAUGUAACACAUUUCCCUAAACAUUCGCAAGCACCAGAAUCCAAACCUCAGUGUAUUGUUUGGUGGCAAACAUUGGACUGCAAUCAAAAUGCUCUGGUUGGUUAUGAAAAUGGAGCUAUAGGUUUAAUAAGCCUAACUGAUGGGCGUUGUUUGGGUGUUUGUAGUGUCAGUGAAGAUAUUUCGAAGUUGUAUUUAUGUCAGGAUAAUAGUUUGGAUUGUGUUUCAUUGCUGGUGAGUUGUAUUAAACCAAUAAUGUGCAAAACCAAAGUCAAUACAUAG